AACAAGACGAAAUGAGUUGGAAGUAAUAGCUUUAGAGGGAGAGAGUUAUUUAUAUGAAUGACAGAGAGAGCAGAGAGAAGAGAGCAGAGAGAAGAGAGCAGAAGCAGAGCAAGGCGGUAGCCGACACUCUCCGAUCUUCGUUCCACUCAAAUCACGGUUGUUCGUGCUCUGCGGAGUAUACUGUAAGGAGAACGGAAAGAUUGGAGGACGGAGAGGAUGAAGAGUUCUGUUUCGGAACAGAGUUUUUUGUAUGAGAGUGAAGACGAAGAGAAUCCGGUGAAUGUAAUGCAUAAAGAUAAAGACGAUGGAAACGAUUCGGAUUCUUCCGAUGCUUCGACUGAAAAUCAGAGACGGAGCAAGCCUAAUUCAUACACCACCGCUUGGCCUCAAAGUUACAGACAGUCAAUGGAUAUGCUGGGCAGUGUCCCAUCGCCUAAAAUCGGGAUGUUGGGAACGUCAUCUUUGACUGGAUGGGGCAACUCAUUCCUGUCCUCUUCGUUAACCCGAAGGCACACUUCUGAGACAUUAGCUUCUGCGACAAAACCGCUGCUGCCCACGGUGGCUGACGAGAAGAAAGACGAGCAGCCGCCGCCGCAUCAGCAACGACUUAGCUCUCACUCUCUGAUUCUCCCUUUCACUUCAAGGAGGGCAUCGGCCAUUAAAAAAGAUGACAAACUUUCCACAGUCCCACACGAGUUUCCGACUGCUCGUCGUAGCUCAUUCGGUCAAGCCUUGCUUAAUGGUGGAAAUGUGCUAUGUGGGGUUGGAAUACUAUCGACGCCUUUCGCAGCGAAAGAGGGAGGAUGGCUUGGACUUUCAAUUUUGCUCUUAUUUGCUGUGCUCUGUUAUUAUACUGGACUCCUCCUCCGCGACUGCAUGGAAAGUAGACCGGAGCUGGAUACUUACCCAGACAUCGGCCAGGCAGCCUUUGGCACCACCGGCCGAAUCAUCAUCUCGAUAGUUUUGUACCUGGAAUUAUACGCUGCUGGUAUUGAGCAAAUAAUCUUGGAGAGUGAUAACUUGUCUUCUCUAUUUCCAAAUGCCCAUUUAAAUGUGGGUGGAUAUGAGUUAAAUGCACACCUUUUAUUUGCUUUGAUGACUGCUCUUGCUGUUCUUCCUACCGUUUGGCUCCGGGACUUAACCAUUCUUAGCUAUAUCUCUGCUGGUGGAGUUAUCGCAUCAAUAUUGGUUGUCCUAUGCUUGUUCUGGAUUGGGCUGGUGGAUGAUGUCGGUUUCCAAGGGAAGGAGACGACGACGUUACUGAAUCCUGCAACCCUUCCUAUUGCUGUUGGUCUUUAUGGCUUCUGCUAUUCUGGACACGCUGUCUUCCCCAAUAUUUAUAGUUCAAUGGCAAAACCAAGUCAAUUUCCGGCAGUCCUCUUAACAUGUUUCAUUGUUUGUACUUUGAUGUAUGCGGGAGUUGCUUUGAUGGGAUAUGCAAUGUUCGGAGAAUCCACGAUGUCACAGUUCACUCUUAACUUGCCAAAGAACUUGGUUGCAUCAAAAAUCGCCGUCUGGACUACGGUGGUUAACCCAUUUACCAAAUAUGCUUUGACGGUGACUCCAAUUGCAAUGAGUCUGGAGGAGCUGAUACCAUCAAAUCAUCCCCAGUUUUUAAUAUUCUCAAUCCUUAUUAGAACAGCUCUUGUCAUCUCCACCUUGCUCGUGGGUCUCAGCGUUCCUUUCUUUGGUCUGGUUAUGUCGCUCAUCGGCUCACUUCUGACCAUGUUUAUUAGUUUAAUACUUCCAUGUGCUUGUUUCCUGAGCAUCCUCAAAGGGAAAGUAACUCGUCUACAGGGAAUAGUAUGUGGCAUAAUCAUAGUAAUAGGGCUUAUAGCAGCAGCCUUUGGAACCUAUUCUUCCGUCUUAAAAAUCGCCCAGAAUUUGAGUUCCUGAGAAAUUUGGACUGGCAUUAUUUAUAUUUAUUGUUCUUC